UUUGGGGGUCGGUGUGCAGCCGCGGUAAAUGCACAGGUGCGAAAAGAAAAUGGCGUCCGGCCGAUCGGGUCGUUCCUGUUUUCAUUGCUAAUUGUGUUUGUUUCCUCUCUAAUUAUACAUCCAUCGCUAAAAUUCGCUUCGCAGUGAAGCGCCUAAACUGAAACUCAUACAGUAGCAGAACGCGCACAGGACAAGAUGCAGGACGGCAUGUCCGGCACGUCGGACUAUCGGCUUGCGCUGGUGCAUGAAAUGAGCGCGCACAACUUCGACCUCAUUCGUUUUGCAUCUUACCGAACUGCGUCCAAGCUGCGGUUUAUCCAGAAGAAAGUUAGCUUACACGCGCUGGAUAUUUGGAAUGUGAUUGAAGCGUUUCGAGAGCAGGGACUGCAUGCAUUGGAGCCGUCCAGUGAAUUAAGUGUAGCUAAACUGGAGACACUCCUUUGCUCACUUUAUCAUAGCUUGAACAAGCGUGCGCCGCCCACGCAGCAGGCGCAUGUGGAUGUAUGUUCCAGUUUGUUGCUUAAUUGGUUACUGGCGGCUUAUGCUACAGUUGAAAAUGUGGGGAAAAUACGAGUUUUUUCAAUAAAAGUUGCUUUGGCUACAUUAUGCGCUGGGAAACUAAUGGAUAAAUUGCGAUACAUUUUUUCGCAAAUUUCUGACAGUAAUGGGUUGCUGUUAAUGUGGCGGUACAACGAAUACUUGCAAGAAGUUUUGGCUUUGCCAGCCGCUGUCUACGAGUCGCCAUCGUUCAACUAUAGUGCAAUUGGCCCCAAUAUUUUUAAUCCUAAUGCGAAAGUAACAGUCAAUGACUUUCUCGAUACAAUGAUGUCUGACCCAGGACCAGCCCCAUUGGUCUGGUUACCAUUGUUGCAUCGAUUAGCAACAGUUGAGAGUAUUGCGCAUCCAAUUCAAUGCGACGCAUGUCAAAAAGAAAACUUUCCUGGCUUUCGAUACCGCUGCCAGAAGUGUCCGCAUUACAACAUGUGUCAGGAGUGCUUCUGGCGUGGGCGUGUAACCGCCCCACACACACUGGAUCACGCUGUCAAAGAAUACUCAUCGUAUUCACCGACAAGGACAAUUGGUCAUUCACUACGCAAGUCGUUUCGUUGCGUUCCGGACAAACCGAAGAACAAUAUUCCACGGUUUCCCGAACAGCCGGAGAAACCACUCAAUUUAUCACAUAUUGUUCCGCCAUCACCGCUGCCAUCACACAACGGAUUCCCAGAUGGCAAUAAUUUCGGUCAGCAUUACGAUGGCAUGGGUAGUUUGGACAGUCGUUCAACAGCAAGGAGUCUGGAUAGUGCUCGAGAUGAUGAACAUCGACUAAUUGCAAGAUAUGCAGCCAAACUUGCACAGGAACAACGCUCCGGCAUGAGAGGCGGCGGCAGCCUGCGCAAAAACUCCCUAUCUCCAGACGCAGGGAGAGUUCCAUCUGAAACGUGUCUGGGUAUGGACUCAACUCGCGCGCAACGCGAACUUAUCGGUCAAUUGGAAGCUAAAAACCGUGAGAUAAUGCGCGAAAUCGCACGUUUACGCCGGCAACAAGAGCUGGAGAGUCACGGUGUUGAAAAUCCAGCGUUGAUGCAUGAAUUACGAGCGUUACGCAUGCGUAAAGACGAAUUAGAGACACAUCUUACUACUCUGCAGGAUUCCCGACGACAGCUGAUGAUCCAAUUGGAAGGAUUGAUGAAAAUGUUGAAGCUAAAAUCCACAAUUACUGUACAGAACCAUCAAUCUUCGCCGCGUAGCACGCCCAAUUCCUCCCCGCGUAGCACUAAGUCACCACCCUUACCCACCGGGUAUGUUGUCUCUGCGCCACAGGGUGGACCGCGCAGCGCUCCUCAAACACCUCUAGGACACGCUCCAGGCCAACCAAUCGGCGCUGAUAUGGUUGGAAAUUCCGCUGGUGGUGGCGGCGGACGAUCCGGCAGUGGUGAUCGCGCUCAUAUGUCUGCAGCUCUCGGAGGGAUCGGCAAUACAAAUUCAUUGGAUCGCAGUGAGCAUCGUGGUGGACAUCACAACAACGUCGAUUCUUUGGUUGGAGUUGGCGGUGAUGUGAGAAAUGCAUUUGGGGGAUCCGGGAAUAUUCCAAGCGGAAUGUCAAAAAGUGGUGGCAGUAAUGGUAACGGCACACCAGGUGGACCAGUCGGGCGUUCACUACGCAAUGAUUUACUCGUCGCCGCCGAUUCGGUGACGAAUGCCAUGUCUACGUUAGUUAGAGAAUUGAAUUCAGAAGACACAACGUAUCACCGAGGAGCGAUGCCCUUCCGUAAAUCAAUGAUCGAUUUUGAAGACGAUGGAGAUGAAGAGUCCGACGGUGGAUGGCAGCAGGAAUUACAGCGGCGUUAUGCGCAAGAAGCGAAUUUCAUGGCGGAGUUACGCGCGCGUCAAGCGGCGUCAGCAACCAGUCCGCCGGAAAUGGCGAAUCAUAACUACGGCAACUAUCCACCGGCGCACAUGCAGCAGGGUUAUCAUCCGCAACAGGGUAACUAUUAUCAAGAGUAUAAUGGCGGGCCACCACCAGCGAGGGAUGCGCGUGAGGGACGUGAAGGUGGCGGGAGUCGGCGGUCUUCUGAUUUUUCACAGCAACAGUUUCAAAUGAAUCAUGGCGGACCACAGCCGGCCAAUGCGCAGAACUACAACUACGGGCCAUUUGCUUCGCAGAUUAAUGAUAGACGCAAUUCGAAAGAAUUUACUGAAUAUGCAAAUAGUUCAGUGGACCAGAUUGGUAAUCAGGACGAUGGUGACCAUCACGAGGGCGCAAAUGGACCCACAAAGGAAACACUCGACUGGGAGGAAGCACUGAAAAACUGGGUAAAUCGUUAAAAUGUUUCCACGCAGGUAAAACCAGCACAAAGUUUACUUAUUUCAACAUUCGGCUUUCUUUGAUACAAAACAUUUUGGUCAGCAAAAUAUCAAUUAAUUCUUAGGUCAAUACGCGUCUAGUUCCUUAAUCGUUUGAUAUUGUUGUUGACGUUUGUGUAAAAUUAACCGAAAUAGACUGCAUGCCUCAGCGCCCAUUAAAAAAUCAUUGAACAGGACCAAUGAAACAGGAAUACGAGCGAUGCAUAUUUACAGUGAAGCAAACAAAUGAACCCCAAAUAGUUUUACGAACUUUUAUGCAGUUUACGCGCGUAAGAUAAAAACGAACAUGAUGAGGUUUUUGGUACGUUUCAUACCACAUUUCUUAAAUCGACUUUACUGACUUCCAAAUGCAGAAUUUUGCGAUGAAGAAAGAGACUUGUAGUUGGAGAAUUUAACUAUUACGAUUUGCACACAUGUUUACCGUUCUUCCUUCGACGUUUUGCACCUUUCCGCAAAAAUGCAAAAAAAAAAUGAAAGAAAGGAAAGGAAGAACCAGUUACUCGGGCACUAUUAAUAUUAACACAUAGUCUGUAAGCUCCUUUUCGAACCUUGAAGCGGCUGAGGAAUUUGGGUACGUUUCUACAAUUUCUAUGAGAUAACACUCAUCACGCAAUCAUUAUUUUAAGAAUCGUAUCGAUAAGAGAGAGAGAAACGUUUGUGCAGAAAAUGAUUUACGUUUCGUUGACAAUUGCAGCAUGAAAUGCGACUAAGCGCACGAUAAACAAAGACUUAUACUCUUCCUAAACGUAAAUUAAUUGAAAAUUAUGCUAAGCAUCAAUUGAUAUCAGUGUCAUAUGCCUUUUUACAUAUAAAGUCUCAACCUCUUCACGUAAAACGCUCAUUCAUAUCAAAAACUCGCUGUCAAACUGGAAUCAAUCAAUCAUGCGCUGAAAUAUAGCUUGAUUCAUUGAUUCAAAGUUUGUUACAAUAACACAAUGAACAAUAAGAACAUAGUAUUACAUAAAGAUAGCCCCCUUGAACUCCGCGCAUCAAUAUUAAACACAAUUUGUAUAUAAUCAUUAAAAUUAUGUCAGAAUGUUGUGAAGCAACCCGCCACACAUUGUAUAUGUAUAGCCUGUGGUGGUCUUCACGCAUUUGACACAUAGAUAAGGCGAAUAUUGUAAUCAUUGUAAUUAUACUAUCAUCACACACAUACGUAUAUUAAGAGUGUGUGAAAGCUGUAAGAAAUGUAAGACAUGUAAGACCUAACCAUAGAUCAUCAUAAAUAAUCGAUUGUGUUACACAUUACAAUGUUAUACAAGAUGCAUGUUAUUAUUCGACUCAUCGAGACAGGUUUGCUUUGGAAAAAAUAACAGGUUAACACAAGCAAACUGUAAGUAAUCAUUGUAUUUAUGCUAUGAUAUUAUUGAAGGAUAUUGUUGAAGUUUUACAUGGUAUAAAAUGAAGUGGUAGUUAAAAUUAAAUUAAAUUGAAUCAAAUAA